AUGAUACAGAUUACUUAUCAACUAUUUGUUAUUUGGAUGAUAAAUAUAGUUGUUUGUCAGAAACUAUUACAUAUUGGUAUUAUCUAUGAUAGUGAAUUAGGUAUAACAGGAGAAGCUUUAAUCAACCGAUUAAGUGAAUUACAGGAAAAAAUGGAAUACUAUGCAGAUUUCCCAAUACGAAAUUAUUCAUUGGCAAGCCCGCCUAAAUUAAAAUUAACUAUAAGAGAAUUUACUUUUGGUUUAGUGUGUAAUUUUGUUGAAAAUGAUGUACAUGUGAUUAUAAGUUUAACAACAUGUACCCUUGCACAGUUAAUAGAAGCACAAGUUACACCAUACAGAAUACCACAUAUUGCUAUACCUAGACCAGCAUGUUCCAGAGAAACAAUUAAUUUAUCAGAUGUUAAAAUGUCAACAACGACAAUAUGGAUUCAACCAACACCUGAACAGACUGGUAGAGCGAUAUAUGAAAUGAGCGAAAUUGAACGUGCUUCACAAGCACUAUUACUAGUCGACAAACCGAACCUGGAGACAAAUAUAGCUCUUGAUUAUGUUUUACAAGCAGAAAUGAAUGAUGAAAAAUUUGUUCCAUACAUUUCAACUCAAAUGUUUCAAUUACUAAUCAAUCAAAUCCUAUGUAUCCCACAUCAAACACUUAUGAUACAAUUGAUUUCAUCAUCAUUUCUAUUAAGUCAUAUAUUUCAUAUUCAAGUUAGACCACUUGAUUUAAAUCAAUUGUAUAUGAUAUAUCAAGACAGAUUUACUUUUCGUAAUCUCUACUGGAUAUUACCAACCACAUUGACAAUUACACCAAAUGAAUUAAUUCGUGUAGCUACGACCAAUCAGUUUGAACAAGUUGCAACAGGAUUUUUUCGACAAUUUCCAAUUUUAAAUGAGGAAGACUGUUUAAAUCUGAAUAUUGGUGAGAAUAUGAGAUUAUUAAUGAGUGAAAUAUUUCAAUGUAAUACAAAUAAUAUAACUGAGCGUGAAUUGGAAGCUGUUUACAUGAUAUUAUUAUCGAGUCAAGCAACAAUUUUAAUGAAAAGUCUUUCAAUAGACUUUUGGGAUAUUCCAUCUAUUUCAGAUUGUGAUUCGCCUUCGUUUCAGCCCAGACCAUAUGGUCAAUUGUUUUAUCGUCUUCUUAUUAGUCUAGCAGAAUUACCAAAAUGGAAAAAUUUAUUAUUCUAUUCAUUGGAAACAGAUGUAGAAGGGAGGAGUAAAUUUUUAUUAACUGGAAAUUUCUCAGAAAAUGGUGAUAUUCAAUUAAGUGAAUAUGCAAAAUUUGUAGCAAAACAAGGUCUAUUAAGCGGUUUAUUUCCAAAUACAUUUCGUACAUUUCAAAAUAAAACCAUCAAUAUUUCAACAUCAUUUGAUCCACCAUACAUUGUACGUGGUCAAAUAACUAAAGACAAUGAAUUACUCAAUGCAGAGGGUUUAAUUAUAGAUAUAUUAAAUGAAUUUUCACUUCGACUUCAAUUUCGUUACCGACUUUUCCUCCCACCUGACGGAGAAUAUGGAGUGAAAAUUACAAAUACAACAUGGAAUGGUAUGAUUGGUGAAUUACUAGCUGGAAGAACUGAUAUUAUAGCUGCACCAUUAACAAUAAAUAAAGAAAGAUCACAAGAUCUUUUCUUUAUUGGACCAUUUAUGGAAGAUACUCUAGGGAUUUUAUUAAAUAUUCCCGAACAAAAUGAAGAAUUAUUUCAAAUGUUUCUACCGUUUCGUUAUGAUAUUUGGUUAUGUUUAAUUGGUUCAAUAUUUAUAGCAGCUUUCCUAAUAACAAUAUUUAGUAUAAUCAGUCCAUUCAGUGCAUGGAAUUUGGCUUUGCCAGGUGCUACUUCUGAUGAGGUUUCAAUAUACCACAGUGUUUGGUUCACAGUUGGUGGUAUGCUUAUGCAAGGACAAGAACUGCGUGCCAUCGCUUGCUCUGCAAGGACAGUAACACUUCUUUAUUGGCUUUUAGUUUUGGUGAUUCAAGCCACUUGGCAGGCUGAUUUGACAGCUUUUUUAACUAGGAAUACAAUACAAAUACCUGUAUCGUCGUUAGAAGAUCUUGCAACUUCAGGAUUAUCAUUGGGAGCUAUUAAAAACAGUGGUACAGUAAAAAUGAUACAGAGUGCAAAUUCCAAUGAAUAUUACUCAAUAGUAUAUGAAAAAAUUAUGAAAAAUCCAGUUAUCCUUAAAAACAUUAAUGAUAGUAUAGCGUACGUCCGCAACAGUACUAAAAAUGUUGUACUAGAUGACAGAAUACAAUUAAUGCAUAAUUUACCUGACAAUGAGGAAACUUUGACAGUUGUUGAUGAUAAGAAAGUUAUAGUACCAUUUGGAUUCGCUGUAAGGUUAGGUGAAGAAUACGCUCCACUGAUGCUUAAUUUUAUGUCAAUUCUUCGAGAAAGAGGAGUUAUUGAUCACUUACUUGAGAAAUGGAAUGUUGAAAAAAUAAAAAGUACCUCAAAUACAGCCACUUUCAAUUUAAUUACAUUGUACAAUAUAUCUGGUGCUUUUAUUGUACUUUCUGUAUUCGUUGUAACAAGCCUAAUUGUUUUAAUCAUCGAAAUAAAAUGGCAUAAAUAUUCAUUAAAGAAAGAGAAACUUCAUCCCAAAUCAAAAAUUCUUCUGAUGGUCAUCCAUCCUUAUUGA